GCUGGCGGCUGCUGCAUUCGGAGUCCCAGCCCGAGCUUCCGCCAACCGAAGAGGAUAUGAUCCCACGGAACAUGCGCCAGCCGCGAAUAGCUCCGGCUUGGAUGAAGCACGACAAGCAGGUUCUCCGAUUCUACGGCUUCUUCCAGGAGACAGUGACCGAGCGCCCCGACGAGAACAGCCGGGUCCGGCAGGUAUCCAUCAUGUUUCACAUGGAGGACGGCACCCUAGCCAUGAACGAGCCCAAGGUCGAAAACUCGGGCAUCGCCCAGGGUUCGUUUCUGAAGCGGCAGAAGGUCAUGCGCGAGGACGGCAUGGCCUACCUCGGCCCCGAUGACCUCAAAGUGGGUGAGCAGGUCAGCAUAAAUGGGCGGGUCAUCCAGAUCAGUGCGUGCGAUCGCUUCACACGCUGGUUUUACGAGCAGAACGGAAUCGAGCUGGCGCCAGAUGAGGAGAUGAUCAAGGACACAUGGCAGGAGAAGUACAAACUCAGGAAGGUGACGGAGCAAGGUGGUUUGCCCACCAGCAAAGCAGCGUUCAACGCCAAGCAGCUUGCCAAGUACCAAAUCGGGGCCCCCCCCGCGGACAUGAAGUUCAGCCAGUUCCUUCUGAACGACAGGAAAGUGCUGCGAUUCAAGGCUUUCUGGGAUGACACCACUCCGUAUGGUGCCCGAAUAUACUUCAUCAUCCACUACUUCCUGGCAGACAACACGGUUGAGAUCAACGAGGCCCACUGCAGAAACUCUGGCCGCGAUUCCUAUCCAAUGUUCAUGAAGAGGGGCCCGCUAUCAAAGAAGAACGAGGUGCUGGCAGUGCCAGGCAUGUUGGCAGCGGAAGGCCAGAUCUACUUCCCCCACGACAUGAUCGUGGGCCAGUCCAUCGAUGUUUGGGGCCGGAAGCUGGUGAUCUACGAUUGUGACGAGGCUACUCUGAAGUUCUACAGGCAGUACAUGGGCAUCGACCAAUCCCAGGGCCGCAUCGACGUUUCCGAGAAGCCUGUGACGCACUUGAAGUUGAAGCCGCCGCCGCACACGGGUGUGGGCCGGGAGGAGGACUCCCUGAUCAAUUGCCAGAUGGUUCAGCCAAAGCCGCCCAAGAUCGACCUCGAGAGGUUGAUGGUCUACACCGGCGAAGUCUUGCGCUUUGAGUGCAAGAUGGUGAAUGGCGAGCCCGAAGACGAGCUGCGAAAACUGGUCAUCGCCUACUACCCCGCGGAUGGAGAUGUGGCAGUCUUUGAGGUACCCGUGCGCAACAGUGGGCACAUGGGGGGCAAGUUCGCAGACAAGCGACGCAUCAAGAAUCCAGACACCGGGGAUUACUUCAAGCUCGAGGACUUCUUCGUCGGCCAGACAGUCACCGUAGCGGCACAACCUCUCCAGAUCGUGAGGGCAGAUGAGCACUGCUUGCAAUACCUGGAGGCGCGGCCCAAAGAGUUUCCUUACGCGGAUCCCGUGGCCUGCGCCCAGCGCGUGGCUUCCCUCGCGAGCGAGCCGGAGAUGCAGAGCGCGCAAGGCAUUGAGCCCGAGCGGCUCAAGGAGCUUGCAGCGUCCAAGGGCAUUUACCUCAUCGACCACGAGGUUGUCACCCUGCUGCGCAGCUUCGGAAUUGCGGGGGAGUCCGACGACGCGGCACCGCGAAUUCUGGGCCCAGAGUUGCUGAACGGAGCUACGUCGCUGCGCGUCUGA